ACUCUAAGUAAAAUCUUCCGGAACUGCUACUAUAUAAAGACGUACGGAUGGAGUGGAACACAGCAAUGGACAAUUACACAUUUUUAGAGAAUGAAACGGGGCCGAGCUGCAAUUCCUCCAACUGCUUCCUUAGAGGGACCAUGAACGAUACUCAGUCUAUUUAUCGCUUUCUCCAAGUCUAUAUUCUCCCUGUGAUCGUUUUCUCCGGUCUUAUCGGGAACACUUUGUCAGCAUGUGCAUUUCUCGUCAAAGAACUUCGACGUAUAUCGUCAACAGUUUACGUAAUUGCCGUCCUCACAGCCGAUAAUGGAGUUUUGAUUUCUCUUUUGUUUGUCUGGCUGGAGGUUCUUGGUUUUCGAUUCAAUCACGAGGAAGGGAUGUGUCAGUUUCAAGUUUAUUGGAGUUACAUUUGUACCUUUUUGUCAAUCUGGUUUGUGGUUUGCAUAACGGUCGAAAACUACAUCACUAUUUGCCAUCCAACCCGGAUUACUUCGAUGUGCACAGUUCGGCGUGCUGUGAUUACAACAGUGUCAUUGCUUGGCUUUGCUUUGAGUUUCUAUUCCGUAUUUAUUGUGACAACGACCGUCAAUGUUCACAAUUUUGGUGCGAGAUUGGUCAAAAUGUGUGAAAUUGGCAGCAAGUUCACCAAACUAGUGGUCCUUUUUGUCAAUGCAGAUACUGCCAUAACAUUUAUAAUACCCUUGGUUUUAAUCAUGUUCAUGCUCAUAGCUAUUUCUCUCUCCGUCAUCAAGUCUGUACAACUGAAAAAGAAACGAAGUCUUAAUCAGAAAAAUACUAACAAUAACAGAGCCAAGUCUAUACCGCAAGUACGUGUGGCCAAAAUGCUGUAUAUUCUCUCUCUGACCUUCGUGAUUUUAAGUGUGCCUAGUCAUGCUCUGCGAACAUACAUCUCAUUUGGACCAGAUUCUCUGAAGGUUUCAGAGCAAAUCGUUUUAAUUCAUGCUGUUUUACAAUUUGUUUACUACACAAACUUUUCUAUCAAAUUCAUAUUGUUUGCAUGCUGUAGUAAAAAUUUUCGUAAAUCUUUGCUCUUAGCUAUGAAUUGUCACCAUCAGUUAUACUCUCCGGUCAGCAGUACCGGAAGUACUAGAUGUCAAUAAACUUAUUAACUUUGCAA